AUGAGGGUGACGUGCCUGAUGUUGGACGUAAAGUCGAGGAAACGAAAGAAAGAGCGAAAAACACAAGAUACGCGAUUUUUGUGCACCCGGUUGUGUAACGCGAAGCAUCUGACUGGAGCUGGACUAGCUCCGAGAGUCGAAAUGCUAGUACUUCUUCCUAUUGCGGUUACUUUGGUGUCUUUCACGACGUGUCUGCCGGAAAGCCACUUCUUUUCCUUGGCUAAUUUUAUUGGUUCGGAAGGUAAGGGACCUUUUCUGAUUUUAUUUCGCUCUGAAGGCACGCGAUUAUUUGCAUUCGAAAAAUCGACAGGGUUCUGAAAACGUUCUCUUUGUGUACUUUUCUCACAUUUUUAUGUUACCCCGAACCGUGCGAUAAUGCAUAAAAAAAUUCUGUUGAAGCCUUUUUUCCCAUCAUCAAUGUGAUAAUAAAUGUUUGCGUAUCACUCAAACUUUGAUCUCUCCAAAAUGAAGGACUAUAGGUCAUUUAGCCUGGAAAAACAUUUAUUCUUCAUGAAAGAAAAGUUCCUGUUUCAGUGAAUGUCAUAUGUUGUGAAACAAAGUUGGGAAGUUUUACUCAGUGUCGCCGUCUACUCGCGGGGACCAAUAAAACAAAAAUUUCCAACACCUGCAAAACCAGAAACUAGAACCCAAUCUAAAGGAUCAAAAAGCGCAGCCCAUUUCAGAAGUUCUCAGAUGGGUGUAACCUAAUUAAAUAAAAAAAAACUCGGCGUUGGAAGAAUUUUAAUGUUGCUGUUUUUUGAUUUUGGAAACGCGUGAUCUAAAGAUAAUUCUCCACACAUUAUUUUUUGCGAAAACAACAUUUACAGCUGUCCCCCGCUAGUAAUUCACUUGAAUUAGCAAAAAGUUGUUUGCAAGACCGGAUUAUUUUUUUCAAUAAAACCAUAGAGCACCGGAUUUUCUUUUUUUUAAGCCGUCGAACAAGCCAAAAAUAAAAUUCAGAUGAAACCCCGCGGUCGAGAACGAGCGCAAUUGUGGAGCAAAGAACAGAAUUAGGCCGGAUGGUGCUUUUGUUAUGCACGAAAACUUGUGCGAAACACCGUUCAGAGGUUUUUCCAUCCUUUUUCUGUACCCUACAGAAGGCUCUUGAGGUGCCAGUUUGGGUGAAGGAGUUCAACCACGCCAGAAAAUACGAAGGCAUCGAAGCUAUAACGUAUUACUAUCACACGUUUCGGCAGGUCAGAGUUUCAGCGAGCAAAAAUCAUCCAAAGCUGUGGUCUGAUAAAAUUAGGCUGCGCUUUAUCAAACAUUGAGCAGGGGUUAUUUUGGCAAGAAGUGAAUAAUAAAGAAAAAGGAACAAGUUUUGGAGAAAACAAAUUAUAACUAACAAGCAAGAUAUAAUUUACAGCCUUUGCCGUUUUUCAAUGAGACUAUAUUAACGCACAUGCCGAACUUGAUUUAUUUCAUCGCUCAGAAAUCGUUUCCUUACAACGGGGACCCUUCCAAUAAGGUUUUCAGGUCUAUCAGUGUCGGAAUAAUCAGAUAUUUUCAGGCCAGUGUCAUGAGCUGGCUGGAUGAGAUAGAUCAAAUGAGAAGGAUUGAGCCGACCAAUCAUUUGGAACUUGAUGCCAUCAUGUCUGGAACUACCAAUUGUUCCAACAAAUAUUUGAUCAUAGCCAGUAGCGAACAAUGCCCGAUGGACUACUGGUCAAAUAUCGCAAGGUUUUUUUGAUUUUUCACGCUUCCAUGAAGCUUGCAACCUCUGAAAUGGAGCUGGUUGCGGUUGGGAAUUUCUUGAAAAAUGGUCAGAUCCAUUCUUGAUGUACCAGAUGGAGAUCCUGAAGGCCUCAACCUGCACAAUUUUAAUGAAUUUCAAGUAUUUUCUUUGAGGCGUCUUUUCCCAAAACUGAAAGAGUUUUGCAGGUUGAGAUUUUUAGAGUUUUUUUUUUUUCUGGUACAUCAUGGAGCGUUCUGGCUGAUUAUCAGAAAAAACCAACCGCAAAAGAAUGACCUCCCUUGUGAGGAGUAUAGAAAUUUUCAAAAGCCUUCCUUAUUUUUCUGACUGACAAAAUCAGCAGAAUAUUCAAACAAUCAAAAACGAAAAAUCUUUAAUCAGAGUUUAAUUCAGAUGAAAAAAGGAAAAAAUACCUAAUGAUUCUUGUUUUUGCAGAGUCGCAACAGAGUACGGUAUCUUCCCAGUACAUCUGGUGUUACCUUUACCGCCCCUGAUGAACAUAAUUCUUUUCAAGCGCCUUGCAUACCUUGACCCGUCAGGAUGUCAAGUUUUAGUCCUUCUUUACGAAGAUAACUACUCCGAACUCAGCGGAGACGUCAAUCCUGGAGCGGUUGAUCCAUUCAUCUUUCAUCUACCAAAUGUCCAUUUUAGGUUCGUGAAUGGAUCCAAGUUCUUUUCCCGGAAGAAGAAGGAGAUUGUCCAGCUCUGCAAGACAUUUUCUGGCAACCCAUAAAAGACUCGCUCACAGAGUUGCAGCUUUUAUAUUUUACUGGCGAACAGGAGAUCCAAAUCUUCAACCAUAGGAAAUCUUACGUUUUGGUCGGUCUGACUGGCGGAGUGGCUGUCAUCGCCCUUGCGAUGAGUAUCUUCUGGGGACUGAACGGGUCCGCUUUCGCCGGAUAG